GCGAGGUUUGCGUAGCCGGAGCGGCAGGGCCGUCGACUCGCUUCCUCUUUCUCUAGACUCUAGUACAACCGCAACCUUUCCAAGGCCCUUGAUGUUCUGCUCAUGGCGCAGAAUUAACGCCUCUCCCUUCAAACAUCUUGCAAGCCGCUCACUGUCACAAAGACCGAGAUAUGUUCGCUUUGAAAUCAACCCAACACCAUCAGGACCGGGCGGAAAUGGCAAACGCCCCAAAGGAUUCUUCGGGUCAAGAACAUGGCCGAUGAAAGUAGGAGCUGGACUUAUUGGAGCAGGUGCAGUAUACUAUGUUACACAGUGCGUGUUUGUGUCUUUUUUUUUGGUUGAGCUCUGUAUGAUUCGUCCAGUUUAGAACAAGUCCCAGAAACAGGCAGAUGGCGAUUUAUCAAUGUUGGUCCCACUGUAGAAGCCAAGAUGGGUGACUUGACGAGACAGCAAACAUAUCAGGAAUACCAAGGCCAAAUUGUUCCUCCACAUCAUCCCGUUUCGAUACAUGUUCGACGCGUCGUUUCUCAAAUUCUGGCUGCUUCCAACCUCGGUGUUGUGAAAGGACACACUCCAGUUGUGCAAUCCCCGAUAGACAAUGUGUGGAACCCUGAUGCAACGUCCGAAUACACACGAUCGGAUGCUACUCUUGGUGACCAACGAGAAUGGGACGUGGUUGUAGUAAAUGACCAAAAGAUGAUCAACGCAGCAGCUUUACCGGGGACGGUCAUUGUGUUCACUGGUAUAUUACCAGUUUGCAGAGACGAACGAGGAUUGGCAGCUGUCCUUUCGCAUGAAAUAGCACACGUCGUUGCUCGACAUUCAGCUGAACGCCUAUCAUCCCAAGCAGUCGCUAUUGCAUUCAUGAUUGUUCUCGCCGCGUUUGGGCUUGACUUGGGCAUUUCAUCGUUGAUUCAUUCGCUGUUGUUGGAUCUUCCAAACUCGAGAACGCAAGAGCGUGAAGCUGAUAUCAUAGGCAUACGUCUCAUGGCAAAGGCGUGUUACGAUCCUAAAGGCGCACCGGAGAUGUUCUCUAGGCUAGCGCAACUAGAAUCUGGGCGUAGGGCGCCUCAAUUCAUGACCACACAUCCCACCUCCGAGAGCCGCGUCAAGUAUCUGGAGCAGAUACUACCGGAAGCAUAUAAUAUCCUGGCUGCCAAUCCCAAUUGUGCAAGGAUCCAAGAUGAAGCGACAGCAUUCCGUGAUAUGGCCCGGAUGAGAAGCCCGGGGAGACCCAGGGACGAUGACGAGGAGGUUUGGUGACCUAAUGUUCGGCGAGAUGAUGUGCUUUCGUAUUUCACUUCUUCGCCACUUCAGUGUUCAUCUUAUCAUCUGUGGUAUACGCAGCAAUAUUCAAUCGAGGACCCACUAAUGUCCUCUCAUGGGAUGCCCAUCUUUUGGGGGCAAGAGUCAACAUGCGAGACCGGCCCAUGCGUAUUAUCCAC